GAUGCUUUUUGACAUAUGUGAAGAUCUACCAUGCAUUAUCCCUUACAUGUGGGUUAAUAGAAUGUCUAAACUGACGGAUCAAGACGUCGUAUAUAAUGUUUGUGCAUCGCUUGAUUUACACUGA